AUGAAUCAUUAUCCAAGCGCCCACAUCAUCUGCUCUUGCAAUUCAUCAGCUCCGGUUCCGCCCUACUCGACUGGCCAGCACUACUCAACGUCUCAAACGGGCGCUGCUCGUUUUGGCGGCGGACAAAUGCAGCAAUUCGACUAUCUUUCAUCGGCCGACGCCUCCGCGACCGGUCGUCUGGCCGCCCCGACCGUCCUGUACCGUCCUGAGGAGAGCACCGCCAAUUGGGGCGACCUGGGCCCGCUGCAGUGCGAGCCGCCCAAAGAGUUCCAGGCCUAUCCUCUCGGGCCUGACGACGACGUCUCAGCUGGAGUCCCUCCGCCGCAGCCGUUUGUCGUCAACCUAACGCCCAACAGAGCCUCGCCCUACCUACAACAGUACCAACCGCCUCUGCAGCAGCAACAACAACAGCAGCAGCAAACCCUCGGAUUGCUUGGAGACGAGGCUUUCAAGGCAAGCUUGCUUAAAACCACAUGGAUACUAUUUGAAGUUUGUAGGCUUUAA